CGUUUUUGUGGACUUCCAAUGAUAGUAUCCAAUAUUGUCAAAACGAAUUAAUAUUUUAUUUUUCAGAUGCGUUACAACUCUGGCCUUUUAAUAAUAUUUGAAACUUAGCAACCCUGCAUUAUUGUUUUUCUAUUUAUGUUUUAGUGUUGAUUUUCUUCCAGUUAUAGAAUACGUUAAUAGUCAGUAGUUGUGCUUAGGACCGAGAAGAAUAUUAUUUAUAUUGAAGGCGCAAAAAUAUUAUUACGCUUUUAAACAUAAACAAAUUAUACUCAUUCCUGAAACAUUUGUGUGAUACUGAUUACUAAGGAAAUAAUAUAAAUCUACACACAACAAAUUGUUAGCGAUAAAAUAAUAAAUCUACAUACUAUACUUUUUAGUGUUUUCAAGUAAUAAUGUGUUUUGAAAAAGUACAUUGUUUAAAAUUGUUUUGUUGUAAAAAAAUUAUAAAUGUGUAAAAUAUCAAUGUAAAAACAUUUAAGAAAGAAAAAUAUGUAAACUAUAAACAAUUAAAUUUAAUUACCGUUAUACUCACAAAAAAUACAUUUCUUCUACAUCUCGUUUUUCUUGUUAUGUUUCUGCUUUGUGCUAUCUUUGUUUUUAUCCAACAACCCCGGUAUUUAGAUACAAUUUGUGUUUUACUUUAAUAUCGUAUUCGUCAAAUGUCAGAAUAAAAUAUAAAAGAUAGAUGUUAAUAAACAAAACAAUAAAACAAAAUACCAAUAAAGAAAAAAUCUAAGUACUUAAAAAAGUAUAAAAAAAUAUAUUUAAAUUUUUAAACAUUGUUAUUUGCAUAAUUUUUUCAUCAUGGACGAUGAGUUUAAAUUAUGCUGGAAAAAUUUCCAGGACAACAUUGCCAGUGGUUUUCAAAGUCUUUAUGACCGUGGAGAUUUAGUAGACGUAACAUUGGCAUGCGACGGAAAGUUGCUGCAAGCUCACAAAAUAGUCUUGGCAAUAUGUAGUCCAUAUUUUCAAGAGAUUUUUAUUUCGAAUCCAUGUAAACAUCCCAUAAUUAUUUUAAAAGAUGUGUCGUAUAAUAUAAUGUGCGAACUCUUAGAAUUUAUGUAUCAAGGUGUUGUGAAUGUUAAACACACCGAAUUGCAAUCUUUUAUGAAAAUUGGGCAACUUUUACAAAUUAAGGGACUUGCCACAAAUUCCUCAUCAUCAGCAGCUUCAACGAGUUCAGAGAAGUCAUCAAACAAGAAUGAAAAUAAUGUAAUGAAUGAUGAAACUUCUUUCACAUCGAAACCACUAUUGCCAUCGGCGAUUGAAACCGCAAGUACUGGAGAAAAUUCAAAUAUUGGUGGUGAAAAGCCAUCUGAGAGCAAUAGCCAUCCGAAUACACCACACAGAUCCCAAUCACCAGUGUUGUCUCCAGCAGCAUCACCCUUGAACAACAAUUCUUUAAAUUCAACCACAACAAAUCAAGCUAACAAAUCAACAGAAUCAAAUGUAUCACUGCAACAACCCUCAAGUCAUGGAAGCAGUAGUGCUUCUGGAUUGAAACGGCAUUCUGAAUACAGUACUGAUUCUUUGUCAAUAUAUUCUCGCAAUAAACAUAGACGUUCUAUAACUUCUACAGAUCACAGUAGUGAAAACAAUGAAGGACCCGAUGGUGCCAGUGUUGCUGGUGGAAUGGAACAAAUGAAUACAGAAGAUUUCUUUUUACCACACAUUUCUAUGGUGGAAUCACGGUACGAGUUAAAUAACAUAAAACGCGAAAACUCAGACCAUCACCAAAACCCAGGUGUGUCAUCCGCAGCAGCUGUUGCGGCAGCUUCCGCUUCUCUGCGCAAUUCAUUUAAUUCAGCUGCAUUUGGGUUAGACUAUACUUUUUACAAGAACAACAACGCUUCUUCACAAUCCGGUCAAGAAUAUCCAAAUGAUUUACAUAUGUCGAAUGAGUAUUCAAAGAGCUUUGCCAACCACAUGGAUAUUCCACCAAUUGGGCCCGGGGAACAUUGGUUUCAGGGCAAAUUAGAAUUUAUGCUGAGUCAACGUGGUAAGCCAUUACUUGUACACGAUGGUCAUACGUUUGGCAUACAAUAUGUGCGCAAAGAUAAGAAAUAUUGGCAAUGCAACUUGUCACGUAAGUUUAAUUGUAAAGCACGCGUUACCACCACUGAUACUGGAGAGAUUAUCGUUACAAAUAACGAACAUUGUCAUACAGAAAUACGUCAACAUUUACGCAAGGACUAUCAACGCAACAAGGUAAUGAUGAAUGCCCUUAUCAAUCUCAGUACAAAUCGUUUAGCGGUAGAAAAUUUCCGGCGUCAUAAUAGCAUUGCCAACAACUUGAGUAAUCUACAAUCUAUAGUAGCUGCUGCAGCUUCAACACCAUUAGCCCUACAGUCAAACAUUAAGGGAACGAAUUCCACUGCAGCAAAUCUUCUAGAUUUAGGAAAGCAGCCAACAAUUAAUAUAGAUACUGAAAAUCAUUUUAAACACACACAAACGCAUCAUUACGAACAUCACAUCCCCGACUCCAUGAACAAGAUUGAAGACGACGAUUCUCACGAUGAGCCUUUAGAUUGUGGUAUAAGGACAUCAUCGUACCAGAGUGAACGGGACAGCGUAAACGUUUUAAACGAAAACAGUAACAAUCCAAAUACACCUCAGCCAACAAUAUAUCAUGAGAAUAAAAAUGACUGGCAAUGCAAAAAUGAAGACAUCUAAUAUCAAAUAUAUGUACAUACAGGCAUAUACAUAUGUAUAUAUCUGUCUGUCAUCACCUAAACCUAAAACAGGAAAAUCUAAAAUGAAUUUUUAUGUAAUCAGAAAAAAAGAUUAACGAGUCUUUAAUAAGUGUUGUAGUAUACAUAGCCGAAAAAUAUCAUUUGUUUUUUCGUUCAUUUUUUAGUUUCCCGACAUAAUUGUCAAAGAGAAAACGAGUUUUAAAAUUUAAUGAAACUUUACGUGAGAUGAUUUAUUACACCAAAUAGAGUUAAAUACUACAAAAUUAGUCUUAAGUUAGAAGCAAUGUGAUUAAAAAAAUAUAUUGACUUUUCAUGGUUCAUAUUCGGUAUAAUCGACUAGUUAACGCAUAAACUAUUCUCAUGAUUUUAUAUCAAAAUCAUAUUUUAAAGUGAAAGUAUAUUUACAUUGCAACAAUAAUUUAAUUAUUACUUCAUUUGAUAUAAAUAAUUAUGUAUAGGAGCUUAAUAUUGGAUUGUACAAUAUAGGCCUACACUAGACACCAAUAAAGCGACAAUUUGAUAAAAAAAAUAUCGUGAUUUUCGCUUUUUUGUUGUAUUAUGCAGGUCUUUAAUGUGCAACACUCAUACAAAAUUAAUAUUUUUAACGAAUAUAUGAAUAAGUUCUGUUUUAUUUUUAUUUACACAAGUAAGGCGCAUUUGGUGCUUAAGUUAAUUAUAAUAAAACCAAAAGUAAUACGUAUUUUUUUUUGCUUUUAUGACAAUUUUUAGUGAAAUUCAAUUUCACCACAAUUUUUUUUUUUAAAUUUGGUUUGUAAACACAGUUAUAUAAAAGUAAUAAUCAAAGUAAUUACUUAGAAUAAAUUAAAGUAAUAAAAAAAGAAAGAAUGAACCUUUUUACUUUUGAAUAAAGCUAGCAUACAUACAAAUACUCUUUUAUGAUAAAAAUAUUUUAGUUGACCAAAAAACAUUCCCAAAGAUUUAUUGAUUUAUUUAAGAUUAUUAUGAAUUUAUACACUGCAAACGAUUUUAUUUACCAAAGAUUUUAAUUAUAAUAUAAAUUCUGAAUAUUAUUUGUUAAUUUACAAUUUACUUCAAAAUAUACAGAUUCACAAUGUAUAAUAAUUGUUUAACUUUAAGAUAUUUGACAGUUCUCAUACAAAAAUUGUCUUAACCGGAAGAAUAACUAUUAGUUAAAACAUAACUGAAGGUGCUGCAAAUGGAGAUUAAAAUAAUGAUCUGGUGGUGAAAGAUUGAUAAUGAAAAUAUCAGUCUGAACGAAAUUCUGUUAUCAUAAUAAUGUGUGUCAAACAUUUACCUUUUACAUACAUAAAAAUUACAAAAAUAAUUAUCUAUAAUUUAAAACACCAGUGUAAUUUUAACAAAUUUGUAUCAUAGUGAUUAACAUUUUUUAUACCUAAAUUUAUACUUUAUAAUAUUUCCUAUUUUAUAAGUUUUUUACGAAAUCUAUUUAGUAAAAUUGUUAGAUAAAUUACCAUUGUUUUUAUGAAAUAAAAAUACGAAUUAUAUUUGG